AGCGGCUAAGGGAGUCACGUGAGAGUGGGCGGAGGACGCAGAGCGGGGCUCCACGGCUUGUGCGUCUCUAUGGUUGUCAGAGGUGGGCGGCAUUCUCCGAGUUGCUGCUAAAGCUGGAGCGCGGACGGAAUGUUUCGUCUUAACGCCCUCUCCGCGUUGGCAGAGCUAGCCGUGGGCUCCCGCUGGUACCAUGGAGCGUCACAGCCCGCACAGACCAAACGAAGACUGAUGUUAGUGGCAUUCCUGGGGGCAUCUGCGGUGACUGCAAGCACCGGCCUCCUGUGGAAGAAGGCUCACGCAGAAUCUCCACCAUGCGUCAACAGCAAGAGGACUGACACCGGAGAUAAAGGGAAAACCAAAGAUGACGGCGAAGUGUCCAGCCACGAAGGAAGGGCUGCAGACGCUGCGGCCGAGCCUCAACCUGAGGAGAAGAAGAAGAAGCGUUCUGGAUUCAGAGACAGAAAAGUGAUGGAGUAUGAGAACAGGAUCCGCGCCUACUCCACACCAGACAAAAUCUUCCGGUAUUUUGCCACCUUGAAGGUAAUCAACGAACCUGGUGAAACGGAAGUGUUCAUGACUCCACAGGACUUCGUGCGCUCCAUAACACCCAAUGAGAAGCAGCCAGAACACUUGGGCCUGGAUCAAUAUAUAAUAAAACGUUUUGACGGAAAGGAGUUCUGGCAGACAGAGAAAAUUGCCCAGGAGCGAGAAAAAUUUGCUGAUGAAGGCAGUAUCUUCUACACUCUCGGAGAGUGCGGGCUCAUCUCCUUCUCCGACUACAUCUUCCUCACGACGGUCCUCUCCACUCCUCAGAGAAAUUUUGAAAUUGCUUUCAAGAUGUUCGACUUGAAUGGAGACGGAGAAGUGGACAUGGAGGAGUUCGAGCAGGUCCAGAGCAUCAUUCGCUCCCAGACCAGCAUGGGCAUGCGCCACAGAGAUCGUCCGACCACUGGGAACACCCUCAAGUCCGGCUUAUGUUCGGCCCUCACAACCUACUUUUUUGGAGCUGAUCUUAAAGGGAAACUUACCAUUAAAAACUUCCUAGAAUUUCAGCGUAAACUUCAGCAUGACGUUCUGAAGCUGGAGUUUGAACGCCAUGACCCGGUAGAUGGGAGAAUCUCCGAGAGGCAGUUCGGGGGCAUGCUGCUGGCCUACAGCGGAGUGCAGUCCAAGAAGCUGACCACCAUGCAGAGACAGCUGAAGAAGCACUUCAAAGACGGAAAGGGCCUGACUUUCCAGGAGGUAGAGAACUUCUUCACUUUCCUGAAGAACAUUAAUGACGUGGACACUGCACUAAGCUUUUACCACAUGGCUGGAGCAUCUCUCGACAAAGUGACCAUGCAGCAAGUGGCCAGGACAGUGGCAAAAGUGGAACUGUCGGACCAUGUGUGUGACGUGGUGUUUGCGCUCUUUGACUGCGACGGCAAUGGGGAGCUGAGCAACAAGGAGUUUGUGUCCAUCAUGAAGCAGCGGCUGAUGCGAGGCCUGGAGAAGCCCAAGGACAUGGGCUUCACCCGCCUCAUGCAGGCCAUGUGGAAGUGCGCCCAAGAAACCGCCUGGGACUUCGCUCUGCCCAAAUAGUGCUCCCACUGCACCUCAGCUCAGUGCCCUGCGACCCUCGGAGUGGCCCUUCAUGCCGCCGCUGCAGCCGCCGCCGCUGCUGCUGCUGCUGCUGCUGCUGCUGCUGCUGCUGCUGCUGCUGCUGCUGCUGCUGCCGGGAGUAGUGCCACCUUCCCCAUCUCUCUGGGUGACCUCUGGCCUCAGCUGGUCCUCUCCACCAGUCCCUGGCCCAGUCAGUGUUCUGCUGGGCUCUGAGUCUGCGGUCAGAUCAAAGGUCCUAAGACAGGAACAAGUCUUCAAAGUAGAGACCUUAGCUCCUUUAACAAGCGCCCUGUGGGUCAAUGAGAGCCCUCCCAGCUCGGCCAGCCCCCAGCCCCCAGCCCUGGGAGGGAGUCGUCUCUGCUCUGCAGUCUCUCAGUCUCUCAUAGCUGUGGAUUUAGCUUAACAAGAACCCUCACUCCCUGCCAUUUUCCUCCCGCUGUGUUUAGGCUGCAAGCUUGGAAAUACUCUGGCAGGUAAAAGGAAGCCUGUGGUGAAUGAUAAUGCUGCCGACCUGGAGGAAGGGUCGAUGUCCCACACCAGUGGCUCCAGGAAGGCCCUGUGCCCCCAAGCAGAAUUCCCGAUUCCAAGUAGCUGCUUGGAGCAGCUCUCCAGAACCUUCCCGUUCUUUGGUUUUCCUCCCAGGCUCUCUGCGACGCCUCCUCUGGGACGCUGCUUGCCUCCAGCAAUGGCCGAGUCCCAGUUCCUGUCUUGUCCCCUCUCUAUGGACCUGCGGAGCCCAGACCCAGCUCAGAGCCUAGCUGCCCUCUGUCUAAAACCCUCGUAAAAUAUCACUUUAAUUAUAACACUUUGCAGGAAACGUCA